ACCGAGUUAGAUAACGUUAGAGAUGCUUGUGAUUGUAAUUAUUUGCCUAGUAACAUUAGCAGAUCCUUCAUUUCAAAUCGAUGGAGGCAUCAAUGCGACUUUCGGACAAUUUCCAUGCAUAGCUUCGCUACAAAGAAUAGGUUGUUACGGUAGCCCGAUUACUUUACACGAAUGCAGCGCUACUAUUAUCAGCCCAAAUUACGUACUAACAGCAGCUCAUUGCGUUAACAAACAAGAUGGACAAUACCCCAUUCUUAAGGUUGUCACGGGAUUACUCGAUAUUCGAGGCGGCGACGAAACCUAUCGGCAAGAAGCCGGAAUAGAGAAGAUUAUCAUCCAUCCUGAUUACAAGACAACAUACGAACAAUUCGGUUACAUGGCUCCUAAUGACAUAGCUAUAGUAAAAUUGAACGCUUCAUUGCGAUUCGACAACGCCACCAACUCCGUGAAACUUCCUCGAAAGGAUGAGGAACUCGCCGAAAAGGAGGACGUCCAAUUUGUUGGAUGGGGCUUACAAGUUUGCUUCGAGAAAACGGAAGCAAGAUUACAGACAAUCGAGUAUAACGUACUCAGUUACAAUACUUGUUAUAAUGCUGUGUUGGACGUUUUUAGUGGAAUCGAGAAACUUGUUUUGCUAGAUAAAAAUGUAUCUUUAUGCACUGGACCGAUUAACAGAGGGGCAAAAGUGAAUGUUGACGGUGAUUCUGGCGGCCCAUUAUUAUUGAAUGGUACCGCCUAUGGUAUUCAUUCGUGGAUAUUUGUAUAUUACAACCAAACACCUUCAUUCAGAAUACCAGGACCUUCUGGAAUUUACGUGAAACUAAGCAAAUAUAUUUCUUGGAUUAAAGAAAACGUGGAUGAUUUUCUAGAAUGAAAGUAUGUACAUUUUAAAAUAACAUAGGUACAUACCUACUCAUGUAAAAAUAAUGUAACUUAAAAAAAG